GAGCGAUAACGAGCGGAGGACACGAGAGACGAACAGAGCGCAAGACAGCGAAGAGAGGAGGGCAGUAGCAACACCCACAACAACAACAAAAAAAAGAAGAAAAAGAUGUCGAACGACCCGUGCGAGAGGUUUCAGGCGAACUUUUUCAACAAAAGCAAGUGUCAGAACUGCUUCAAGUCACGCGAGCUGCACCUGCCCGCGCGCCCACGAACGGAGCACGCCAAGGCGCUGUACGCCGGCUGGCUGUGUUUGGCACCUGAGGGGGCUGUCUUUGACAAGACUCCGCACAGAUCACGGAAAUGGCAGCGUCGUUUCUUCGUCCUGUAUGAAGACGGCGUUGUGACCUUCGCACUGGAUGAGCUGCCCAGCACCUUACCUCAGGGCACACUAGACAUGAAUGCGUGCACGGCCGUGUUGGAUGCUGAAGUGCGCACGGGCCAGAAGAACGCCUUGUGCAUCGUCACCGCGCGUCGGCAAGUCUUUGUUCGUGCCGACAACAAGGACACCAUCAGCGGGUGGCGUGAUCAGCUAGCUGCCUUCGUGCAGGCCAACGGCAACAAUGUCAAGAAGAAGCGCAAAGUGGACAUCAUCUGCGUGCAGGCUCCGUCACCGGCCAAGAUGGCCGCCCCAGGCCCCACUUUUCAAGCGCUAGUGCUUGCAGAUGGCCAACAUCAGGAAGACCAACAGGUUGAGAAGAUCCCGGUCUGGAAUGUCACAGGGGGCCACGCCCUCGCAACAGGUGAAGUCCAAGUCCAAAGUUUGCAUCCAUGCGGAGAUCUGACUGAGCCGGAGACCAAGUCCAUCCAAACUUGUGCUAACAACCUAAGCUGCGACUUUGCAGCGGGGAAGCUCUCGAUGAGUGGCGAGGCGUCCGGGCAAGAGCAGGAAGUGAGAAUGUACUCGUCCAGGAGUGACGCCCGCACCUCAGAGCGAGAGCCCGAUUUGUUAAACUUCAAAAAAGGUUGGCUGGUCAAGCUGGACGACGACGCUCAGUGGAGGAAGUACUGGUUCGUCCUGUCUGCUGACUGCCUCAACUUUUACAAAGACGCAGUGGCUGAGGAGGCUUCGGAGCAGGAAGGCGAAGUGGACCUGAGCGAGUGCUUCAAAGUGACCGAGCAGCAGGUCCACAAGAACUAUGGCCUCCAGAUUCACACUCCGAAAAGAAUCUUCACGCUGUCGGCCAUGACGGCGGGAAUACGUCGGAACUGGAUCCAAGCACUCAUGAAAAAUGUGCACACUGCUCCUGAUGUCACUGGUUUGUCUCGCUCAGUGGUGGUCCUCAGUCCGAACCCAGAAUCUUUGGUCAAACCGGACGUGGCUCCUGAUUGGUCGGAGUCAGAUCGGCGUUCCAAGCCCCGGAGCGUUCUGGAGCGAAGGCGGGAAGGUCGCUACAAGACUUUUGACUGGACCGACUUUCGGCCUCCCGGGAGAUCGACGGAUGUCGAUCGGUCUCCGGCCCCGCCUCCUCCGCUGUACGGCGAGCUGGAGAAGAAGAAGAGAAGGGAGGCCCGGAGGAGGCGCUACGAGAGCAUCCUGGGUUUGCCUCCUGGCCGAGAGGUGAUGGGCGAUGCGGCGGCCGCCGCCGGCAGCCUGAAGGAUGAAAUGGAGGCUUGUUGGAAGCAGGUGGAGAUGAAGAACUCUCUGCGCAAUGCCAAGAUCCUCCACAUCGACGACGACAACAACAACGCCGACGCCUCGCCCGACUACAAAAAGGCGUUUGAGGAUCUCAAGUGUCAACUGGAAUUGUCAGAGCGCAGCCGACUGGAGCUGGAAGCUUGCCUGACCAUGUGGACUUUUUAUCACGCCAGGGCAACGUCGGAAUGUGUUCACACAUCCGGAGAUGAUGUUCACUCUCUGGGUGAAAGUCCGGUGGUUGGAAUCCCAGAAAGCAGAAUUCACGAGCGCCGGCAUCUUGUCGACGACACGCCCGCAACGUGGCCCGGCGAGAAGGACGAGCAUUUGGUUCCCGUCUGGUGCGAGAGCUUGGCCUUCACGGUGUCAGACAGCUCAGACCUUCAGACUGACCCUGAAUCUCCAAACGAAGCUCUGGACAUGGAUUUCACGUGUGACCAAAGUGAGCUUCCCGGCACGGACGGUCCGCUGUGUCCGGACUCCGAAGGGGAUUGUCGGUGUAUAGCGAUGAACGGCGUGGCCGAGGCGGGCGGCGACCAGCCAGAAGCGAGAAAGCUCUUUCAGGAAGUGGAGAUCCUGAGCGGUCAGAAGGAAGCCCUCAACCAGCGCAAUCAAGAAAUGCUCAACCAGCUGAGCGAGGCCGACCGUGAGAUCCAACGUCUCAAGGAAGAGCUCAGUCUCAGGUGUCCUAAAAAGACGGAGGACCUGGAGCGGGAACUUCUGGAGAAGGACCAGCGGCUCAUGGAGGCACAGACCCGUAUCACCUCCCUGGAGGACAGGCUGGGGGACGCCGAGAUACUCCUGCGGCAGCGAGAGGAGGACCAGGAGGCUGCCGUGGCUAAUGACGGGGUCACAAGCGUGGGAAAGGCCGAGGGCUUCCUACUGCGAUGCUUCCAAGCCACCGAGGCCAAGCUGACGGAGCUUGAGCGGAAUCUCCACCAAUCGGAGCUCAGCUGCAGGCGGCUCCAGGCCGAGAACCGAGCCCUGAAGGAAGCAGGGAAGCUCCAUGGACAAAACAAAGCCGACUUUCCUAGGCCCGCUCCCGCAGACGCCAGAACGCAGCAGAUGCUGAAGUGGAGCUUGCUCAGGUGGAAGGUUCUGGACAGGUUCUUGGAUGUUGUUGAUAGACUGGAGGCGGAGAAGGAGGCAGGGCAUCCGUCCGCUUCCCGCCAGCUGAAACUGGAGGAGCUUUGCAGCGAGCUGAUGGAUGGCGUCAACGCCAACGCUUCCCACUCACAGGAACAAGAUGAGGAGCUUCUCAGUGACGUGGCACCCCAGAAAAGUCUGGAAAAUCAAAUAUUGAUGUUGGGGCGGAACCUUCUCAGGGAAGAUGACAGCCCCGCCGUUUUGGAUGGGAAACUCAAGGAGAACAUUCAGCAAGUUCUAGGGAAUGCUCAACGUUCCAACGCAUCAGAAAGCGGCGGGACAUCGGCGGAUGGCGAGCAACCCAACGUGCUGGACAACAGCGGUGUGGAAUUUUUGGGGCUGAUCGUCCAGAUCUUCUCGUCCUGGAUCAACGUGGUGUCCUCCGACACGCGGGACAAAGUCGGGAUGACGGCCGAGCAUUUGCGGGCCACCUUCCUCUUCUCCACCGAGGCGGCCUUCUGCUGUCACAUGACCAGCAAGUGCGACCGCCUGCUGGAAGAAAAUGCCCAACUGCAAAGGCGACUUUCCCACGCUGAGAAGCGAGUUGCUAGCGUCGACGCCGGCUGCCAGACGCAACAGGAAGCGCAAGAAGAACAAGAAGAAGAAGGAGGCCAGGAAGUGGCAAGACACCAGGAUGCGGGUCGAGUGACUGCGCUGAUGGAUCGUGUGAGUCAUCUGGAGGAGGAGCUGUCAGUCAACAGACAGAAACUGAGCUCAGAUCAGAGGCGACAUGACGAGGAGAUGCGCAACUUGAAGGUGGAGUGCGAGCGUGGGUUGGCCGCCAUGGAAGCGUGUCACGUGAAGGUGGCCGAGGAGCUGCAGCAGCGACACCUUCAGAAAGUUGACUGCCUCCUGGCCGAGAGAGACAGGAUACUGAACGAGGAGGCGGUCGCCACGGCAACCGCCAUCGAGGCCAUCGAGCGCGCUCACCGCGUCGAGCUGGACAAAGAAGUGCAGAGGAGAUCUCAAACGCUCAAUGUGACAGGCAAUGCGCUCAUGGAAGAAGUCUACAAGCUCCACAGUGAGGAGCUGGCGUCCUGUCAGCGGGAGCUGGAGGAUCUCUCCUAUGGGUUCACCCUCAAGUGUGUGGAGAUUGGUCACAUGACUCAGGAACUGGAUGAGCUGAAGAAAACGCUGAGUCAGCAGCAGCAGGAGAAGCAAGACCUGAUGGACCAAAACCAGGAGCUGAGCACUCACCUGGCAGCCGAGGUGAGUCGACUGAUUGAACGGGAUGUACUUCCUGUAAAUCAGGACGACAACAUUUACAAGAUGGAGCUCCUGCUGCGUGUAAAGGAAAGCGAGCUCCAGAGCAUGAGGCGACAGGUCGCCGCCCUGCAGGACAACCUGCUGGCCACACAACAGAUCCGAGUUAAUUGGAGUGACGAAUAACGAACGACACAGGAAGAAGCAGGUCGGAAAUUCUGCUGAAGCCUCUCAUGUAGCAUAUAAAUUAUCUCUGUAUAUCAUUUUUUUCUCAGGCAAUUCUUGAAGGUUAGUAGUGUUGUUUUGUACAUUUUGGCCGUGGUGUAAAUAUUUCUUGCUUAUUAUUAUGUCAAUUCUGCUUGGAAAAGUCACUUGAACACAUAAGGAAAUUUCAUAUUUAUUAUUUUAUUUGAGUCGCAUAUUUAUUAUUUCCUUGUG